AUGUGCGACAUUGACAACGAACAUUACGUAGAAAGGUUUUGCUGCGCUCCGACUUCGUGGUCUAUCAUGAACGACUACCAGCACUUCAACUGCGAGGAAACCUUCGACUUCACUGCCAACCGUGCACACACCAACAACGACUUCGAUUUCAUCGAAACGGAGGCGCUUCCGCAGCACCUCGCGCUACCGUACAGAAUUCCCUGGAAUUUCGAUGAGCAGAUGGGUUGUGAUGAUGCGGACUGGCAAAAGAGCGUCAGGAAACGAAUCGCGUCAAUCAGUCGAGAAAGACGACGCAAUGCAGCGAUCAACGUUGCAUUUCAGAAACUACAGGGUGCCAUACCGCACACUCCAAAUGGUAGAGCUGUCGCUAAGAUACGAACGCUUCGCUUGGCCAUUCGCUACAUACAAUACCUGAAGCAGCAGCUGGCCACAGACGUCAAAAAUGAUGUUGGCGAAAGAUGCGGUGAAGAAGUCGAAAAGUCGAUAAAUGAUUUCACGAGCAUCGCUGAAUUUGAAUUGAACCGCAAGAACAGUUACGCAAUUAAAGCCCGGCACUUUUGGACGCCUCUGCCAGUCAAGAAAGAGUUUUACUAA